GGAGGCUAGACUUGUGUGAGCUAGGCUCAAAGCAGGCAAGUGUUAUCAGCUGACCCCCGCGUGGAUUUUUCGUUCCGUUGCAGGGCAGCGUCAUCAUCGAACCUGGAACAAGAUUCUCCGCUUCUUAUUAGAGCUUGCUUGCGCGCUCUUGCUUGCUCUUGCUUGCUUUUCAUGCUUGCUGGGGCUGGCUGGCUUGCUUACUUACUAACCUUGGGUUACUUACUUCUUCCUGCUUGCCUCUUGCCGUUCUCUUUUAACUUGCUUGUGCUUGCGCUUGCGCUUGCUCAUACUCUUACUCACUUGUCCUGGGUUAGAAGACUUUCCUAUUCCCGUUUCCACCCCGGGCCCCCUCUUCCUCUUUCUUUCUCUACUCUCUCUCUCUCAUUCUCUUUCUUCACUCUCCCCCCUCCUAUUCCAUUCACUCCUAUUCUUCCUAUUCCUCUUUCUCAUCUUAUUGGCCCUUUGUCUCCUAAAACAAUAUCCACAAUACCUUCUCUUGACUUGCUCUUAUCUAAGUGGUAUCCUCCCGAGCUCUAGUGCCAAAUUCGACGGGCUUUGCUUAAGCUUGAUCCGAGGGAUUUUUCGUUUCUGGGCAGCCCCGACCUUACCCGCAAUUCUAGUACUGCCAUUGCGC